AUGGAUUCACGACAAAAUACGCUCGAAGUAGUUAGAAAAGAUAGUGUUGUUGUUUCGACUACUGAAGCUUUUAAGAAGCUAGUAGAAAAUAAUGUAAAAAAAUAUGAUUACUCAUCAUUUAAAGAUCUUCAACGUAUUGGCAGAGGUGCAUCUGCAAUUGUAUUCUCUGCUAGUUUAGGAAAUGAAAAGUAUGCUUUGAAACAUGUGACAGAUGAUGAAAUAAGAGUAGCAACUCAAGAGUCACAAUUCUUACUCAAAGAAUUAUGGUCAGAAUUUAAAGAUUCAACAAAUCGUGGAAAUGAAUUUCAACAAAUUUCAAAAAAGAUAACAGAUUCGAUUGAAAAAAAUAGAAAAACUUCGGAAGAAAUGUUUAAUGAACUUAAAGGUCUACCUGAUGAUACAAAUGCACAAUGCCUUUUUGGAUUUUUUUAUUUCAUUGGAAUUGGAACUGGAACUGAAAAACAACUUAAUAAAGCAUUCGAAAUAUUUCAGCAA